AUGUCAGAAUACAUUCCAUUUGAAAUCCAAAUUGAAAUCAUUAAGAGGCUUCCUGCCAAGUCAGCUGUUAAAUUCAGACUUGUUUCAAAACCCUGGAAUUCUUACAUCGGCAGUUCCGAGUUUAUUAUCGCUCAUCACCACUGCAAUAUUCACCGCUAUCCACACCGUCUACUUGCUUGGUGCAAAGACCCUAUAGAAAUAUAUGAUGACAGGUAUGCUACGGUUUUUGAUGACGCCACUUUCUACCAACAAGACUUUACUGCCAAGGCUCCGCGUCUCGUUAAACUGCUUAGGGAUUCUAGAGUAAUUGAUUGCUCUUUUGGCUUGGUGUGUUCGUAUGAUUAUCUUGAAACUGACAUCGCUAUUCUUUCUAAUCCUUUAAUCAAAAAAUCUCUUGUGGUUCCUUUGCCUAUUUCUUCACAUACAAAAGUCAUAGGUUUUGGGGUCUGUCCCGUCACUUUGGACCCUACUAUCGUCAAUAUUUCACAUGGAGACCUUUUGCAUAGCCUACCUUGGGAAGUUGAAGUAUUUACAUUGAGCUCGGGGACUUGGAAGCGCCUGAUUUCGAGCAAUCUGCCUCGUAAAACAGUUAAUCUGCAAUCCUCUGAGCAAUGCACUCAGGUAAUAAUAGAUGGGUUUAUUUAUUGGGAUGCUUGUGAAAGAGAGGUUGUGGCUAAGGAGACACACCCUCGGAAUGUUAAUUUGAUUGUAUCAUUUGAUAUGGCUACCCAUGAGUUUGAAGUGAUAGACCUGCCAGAUAUUUUAUCGCACCCGUUUUACAUGAAUUUGUCCAAGAUACGGGAGUCACUUGCUGUGAUUGAAUACAUAAGGUACAGCAUGACAGACGUUUGUGCUGUUUGGAUGAUGAAAGAUAUUGUAACGAAGUCGUUCACAAAGCUAUACACCAUUAAAGCACCAAGUCCAUCAUCAAAGAUGGUUCUAGGUUCUAGAAGAAGCGGGGAACCUAUAAUGGAAACACACUAUGAAGGUGAAAAAGCUGCCAUACUUGAAGUUUAUGAGCCGUGCUCAGAACACAUCACUAAGCUUGGGAUUUUUGGAGAAGAUUGUUCUUUCUUUGUGAGCUCUUAUAUGGAAACUCUAUUUUUGCUUGAUCAAGCAGAUUGUCAUAUUGAUUAUGACAGUGAUUGA